UAUGGCGGCGACGUUCUCGUGCGUUCCGGAUCUCCAUUCUAUUUCGUUCGUUCGGGGAACGAAAUCUCUAGUAUCGUGUCUGCGACAGCCAAUCACGUUUCGUUUCAGCCCCUGUGGAGCCUCUCUACAGGUGAUUGGUGGCCUCGGCUAGCCAAUCAGAUGGCGUGUUUCACAGCAAAGUUGUUAACCCCCAACAGUAGCACUUUGCUUUCCAGCUCUCUAGUUUCGACCAACGGAAGGAAAAUACGGACUUUUACCGACUGAAAGACGCCGUUUGACGGCCCGGAUGUUGAACGGGAACCGGCUGCUUCUCACCGGCUGGUUCUGUUCGUGAAACUAAGUAGAACCAGCGGAGGCUAACGUUGAUGUUAACUCCCUCUGUGGCUCGCUGCGUCGUGUUCUCUGUCGUCUCUCUCUCUCUCGGGUUUUUCUUCUUCUUCUGGUUAAACUUGCAGAAAUGUUCCCCAUCUGUCCCGAAGGCUUCCACGUUUCCACACAGAUCCACUCGGGCAUCUUUGUGGAAGUUAUGGGUUUAAGAAUGAAAAUUAAAAACCUUUAUUCUCUGCCUGGACCCAGGAUGAUCACAGCAUCAACAGGAACACCAUCUCCAGCGGGCCAUCUCGGCGCAGCAGGUCUACGGCGAGAAGCGGGACAACAUGGUCAUCCCGGUCCCCGAGGCGGAGAGCAACAUCACCUACUACGACUCCCUCUACCCCGGCGACUACAAGAUGCCAAAGCAGCUCAUUCACAUACAGCCUUUCAGCUUGGACACGGAGCAGCCAGACUAUGACCUGGAUACGGACGACGAGGCCUUCGUCAACAAGCUAAAGAAGAAGAUGGAGAUCAGCUGUCUUCAGUUUGAGGAGAUGAUCGACCGGCUGGAGAAAGGCAGCGGUCAGCAGCUGGUGAGUCUCCCCGAAGCCAAGCUGCUGCUGAAGGAGGACGACGAGCUCAUCAAGGAGGUGUUCGACUACUGGAGCCGCAAGAGGAAAAACAGCAAGGCCAACUCCCUGAUCCCCACCGUCAAGCAGGAGAAGCGGGACGGCUCCAGCACCGGCGACCCGUACGUGGCGUUCCGACGGCGCACCGAGAAGAUGCAGACCAGGAAGAACCGUAAGAACGACGAGGCGUCGUACGAGAAGAUGCUGAAGCUGCGCAGGGACCUGAGCCGCGCCGUCACCAUCCUGGAGAUGAUCAAGAGGAGGGAGAAGAGCAAGAGGGAGCUGCUGCACCUCACGCUGGAGAUCGUCGAGAAGCGAAACUCCAUGUCGGACUUUGGUGGAGAAAUAAUGGCGGAGGUUCUGGCUGAGCGGGCGCUGGUGAGGCCGCAGAUCAUCCCCCUGGUUCCGCUCACCAAUCAGUACCGACACCAGGACCAUCUGGACUCCAAGGACUACAAGUCCAAGCCCGAGAAGGCAGAACCCCAGCGGCCGAAGAGGAGGUACGAGAAGAAGCCGAAGAUGUUGCCGUUGUCGUCGGGAAUGGCCCACCACACGGGUCCGGUCGUGUUCAACGCCAAGGACCUGAACCAGUACGACUUCCCCAGCUCCGACGACGAGCCCUUCUCCCAGCUCCACUCAGGCUCUUCGGAAGCGGAGGAGGAGAACGACCCCGACGGCGCGUACGCGUUUCGCAGGAGAGCCGGCUGCCAGUACUACGCCGCCCGUCCGGACCUGGUGGGCAGCUGGCCGUGGAGCGGCGCCUGGGACGGCGGCCUGGCCGAAGCGCGCUUCCGCUACAGCCUCACUACGCUGACGGUUCCACGCCGCUGCCUGGGCAUGGCGCGGCGGCGCGUGGGACGAGGCGGCAGGGUGUUACUGGACCGGGCGCACUCGGACCACGACGGCUCGUUCCACCAACUGGACCCGGAGACGCCCGACCUGCCGCCGCCCACCUCUCCGCCUCCCUCGGCGACUUCGCGCUCGCCGGCUCCCGACACGCUCGCCGGUACCUCAGAAACAAAUACCUCGGACAGAAGUUCCCCCGCCUCGGCGCCGCCGCCCUGCUCGGACCUCAGCCAGAUACUGUCUAAUAUAAAGUCGUGCCGCUGGAGGCACUUCAGACCUCGGACACUACCACUACACGAGCUGGACAACGCCCAGCCGCUGUUCAGGAGGAUCAGUCGAGGCGUGAAGCGCCCGCUCGCCGCUUCAGCUGGGGGACGGCCGUUCGGAUCGCAGCGCCCGGCCAGGGUGGUCCCUCCUCCCACACCCGUUGCUGCGUUCACAGCAGAACAGUACCAGCAGCAUCAGGAGCAGCUGUCUCUGAUGCACAAGCAGCAGCUGGAGCAGAUCCAGCAGCAGCACCAAGCCAACAGCACUGCCAACAGCACACAGAGCCUGGCGAACACGCUGGACGAGGCCAGCGCUCACUUCGCCGCCUCGGCCCUCGUCUCCGCCGAACAGCUGCUGGCUCUGAAAACCAAGGACGAGCUGGCCCUGGGAGGCGGAGUCAACGGCGUCCUCUCCUCAGGUGUCUACAAGGGCUUGUCGCUCUCGAGCACAGCGUCCCCGUCCCCCGCCGCCCCGGCUCCUCCCACCGCCGCCCCGACGUCCGCCUUGCUCCACCCCUGCUCCGCCACCAGUAACAACAACGGCACAGCCCACCCACCCGCCAACGCCGCCGCCGCCAACGCCACUCAGGUCCUGCUGGGAAACAACAACAGCCUCCGUUUGGCGAUCCCCACCGGCAAGCGCAUCCACGCGCCGCGGACGCUGAGCGCCACCAUGUCGACAUCCGCCUUAAAGCUCGCCCACGCAGCAACCGCCAACUGUCAGAAGCCCAAGGUGGCCACCUCCUCCACCUCCCCGCUGGACAUGGUGCCCAGGGAGAAUCUGGAGCAAGACAAGCCAGCACUGAACAGUCUGUCAGAGAACACAGUGGCCAUGGAAGUCACGUAGCCUCCGCCGCCGGCUGCGAGGGAAACGUCACCCGGCGGCGGCGCCGUUUUCUUCCUUAGGGUUUUCUUUGUUUUCCUCUUUGUUUUUUUUUUUUUUUAAGGUGCUAUGCAUCAUUUUGUUUAGUCGUGAAUGCAAGUGGUGGCUGAAUGAGCACGGCAAGGUUGGGUUUCCACGGCAACCGUUUUGGGACUUAAUUGCAAUGCUCGUCUCGUACAAAUUUCUUUUUCUUCUCCCCUCCCAUAAUUUCCCCCUCCCCCCGUUUGUAAUUGUUAAUAAGAGAUCGUCUGUAAAUUCUUAAUAUGGCAAUUAUAUGUACAGUACAGCAUAUUUGUAAUAAAUACCCCCGCCCCACCUUUAAAUGCCCCGAAAAUACCCCCGCCCCACCACCACCGCCCCUCGUUCUUGUAUAUAACAUUACUUGAAUACAGAAUUGUUCAUUUGUGAUGUUUUGCACUCGAGAUACAAAGUUAAAAAAAGAAAAAAAGACGAAAAGAGAAAACGACAAACUGCAACUGGUGCAAAAAUAACGAGGAGUGAAAGUUGUACCACAGAAAAAUGUAUGUCAUCACAUGCAUGGUGCAGAACCUGCUGUUGGAUCUAUUUAUUGUGCCGUGUUUACAAAAAGUUAUUUCUCCCCACCUUCCCUCUCCCAGCUAUUCAUGUCGGGUUUUUUUUUUAAAUUUUUUUAUUUUAAAUACACUGUACCUCUCACCGGUGCCCCCAAGCUGUAGUCAGUGUUUAGCUACAUUUAGCUACAUCUGCGUAUAUUUUUUAAAAACAUUGAACAUGUUUCUGUUGUUCCACCAUAUUUGUCGUGUUGAGGAGUCGCAGGCCGGUAGGCGAGGCGUUUGUUUGCUCUUCCUUACAUUUUUUUAUUCCUGAGACAAGUAACAAAACAAUUGGGAUGAAGACUUUCCCAGAAGUCUUUGCUGCUUCUGACGUAUCUAGGCACUAUAUGAUUUUUUUUUUUUUAAUUGACUGAUGCUGCUUUUGUAUGAUUUUUAUCGUUUGGUUUCCACUAGAUGGCCUCAUUUUUCAUUGUUUUUCCUCCAUCUCAUUGUUUUUUUUUUUUUUUUUUUUUU